UUUUCGGCGUUUGUGUAAAUUCUCAUGUUUGACUCUGAGUUUGAUGUGCUCAUCGCUUUUCCUCCAAACCGCAAACUCCCCACCAAGUUGAGAUUGUUAAAUGUUAACAUGAAAAGCAUUACAAGAAGAUGUAAGUUUGAUUGGCAAUCUAAGUUUUCUGCCUAAAACGGUUCUUGGCUAGUUGAGUCCCACAGGGACUGGGGAUUGUUAACUGACCAAAGCCCUGAGUCGUGCUGACGCCGGAAUCUUGAGAAAAUGGCGAGAAAUGGCGAGGGAUUGAUGAAGAAUCACGAGUAGCGUAUUUAUGUCAUUGGGGCCGUGUAGUUCAUUUGUAUAAACAGUUCAGUUGAAAUAACGACAUUGGUGACAAAUUGCGCUAUUUAGAACAUCAUGGGAGCAAGAGAUGCGAAUGAACCCAUCCCUUUACUGCAGCUGGGCGUCCCAUCGCAGCCUGCCGAUGAUUUUCCAGAUUCUGAUCAUUUGGUCAACUCCCACCCUGCAAGAACUGGGAAUACAUGGACAGCAGUGGCUCAUAUCAUAACAGGAGUAAUUGGGUCUGGGGUGCUAUCUCUGGCAUGGAGCAUGGCGCAGUUGGGCUGGAUUUGGGGUCCGCUUUUGAUGGUUUUCUUCGCAGCUGUUACUUUGGUGUCUACUUUUCUCAUCUGCAAUUGCUACAGAUCUCCCGACCCUGACUACGGUCCUAUCAGGAAUAAAUCCUAUAUUGAUGCCGUUAGACAGAAUUUAGGAAAGAAGAGUGCUUGGAUAUGUGGGCUGCUCAUACAGAUGAAUCUCUAUGGGACAGGAGUUGCGUAUACUAUCACAACCGCAAUCUGCAUGAGCGCGAUACAGAGAUCAAACUGUUAUCACAAGCAUGGACAUGAUGCUCCUUGUGAAUCUGAAAGUACAUGGUACAUGCUGUUAUUUGGAGCAGUUCAAAUAUUUAUGUCUCAGAUACCUAAUUUUCAUAGUAUGGAGUGGCUCUCUGUCAUUGCUGCGAUCAUGUCCUUUGCCUAUUCUUCAAUCGGAUUGGGGCUUGGAGCUGCCAAAGUCAUAGGAAACAAAGUAAUAGAGGGUAGCAUUUAUGGAGUUUCAACUUCCACCGCAAUCCAGAAAGUGUGGCAAGUAUCUCAAGCAGUCGGAGAUAUAGCCUUUGCAUAUCCAUACUGCAUAAUUGUUCUUGAAAUACAGGAUACUUUGAAAUCACCUCCAUCAGAGAGGCAGAUCAUGAAGAAGGCAUCAGUAAUUUCAGUCUGUAUCACCACUUUCUUUUAUCUCAGCUGUGGAGGCUUUGGAUAUGCAGCAUUUGGAGAUCAAACACCAGGAGAUAUCUUGACCGGAUUCAGCACCUAUGGCCCCUACUGGCUGAUCAACUUUGCUAACGCCUGUGUUGUUCUACACUUAAUCGGAGGGUAUCAGGUGUAUUCUCAACCAUUAUUUGCUGUGGUGGACAAAUGGCUGGCUGAUCAGUUUCCCCCGAGCUCGUUUGUCAACAGAAACUACACUGUGAAACUUCCCUCAGUGCCAGCUUUAAGUUUAAAUCUUGAGAGGCUAUGCUUCCGGACGGCUUACGUUGCAUCAACAACAGCAGUUGCUAUGGUUUUCCCUUACUUUAACCAGGUCCUAGGAGUACUGGGAACCAUCAACUUUUGGCCAUUGUCCAUAUAUUUCCCAGUGGAAAUGUGGUUGAGGCAGAAAAAUAUAGGACCCUGGACAACCAAGUGGAUUCUUUUCAGGACUUUCGGCAUUCUUUGCUUUUUACUAAAUAUGUUCAUUCUUGCUGGAUCGAUACAAGGAAUCGCGGCUGCUAGAUUCAGUUAGGAACUGUUCAAUGAAAUAGGAUCAGACACAAAACAGAUUCAUACCGGGAUAGUAACAUACCUGGUUACUAUACUGAACAUAAAACAGAUUCCAUCUGAAGAAUUUUCACGUGGAGCAAAAACAGUAAUCUAAUUUGGUA